AAACACUACCGAGCCGAUGUGCGCCCGCGCCGCCCGCCUCUACAGACUCUGGCGCUUCAAACGGAAAGCCGAAAAGAAUAAGAAAAUACAUUUUCUUAGGAAAAUCUUCAAAUACUGAAAAAAUAUAAAAAAGUAUAGAAAAUGGCGCGUGUCUUGGUUUUACUUGCUUUUGGAUUGUUGGCAUGCCAGGAAUGCUCUCCCCGCGGCCUGCCCGAGGCGCAGGAGUCGGUGGUGAGCGUGUACGACAAGGGUGGCACCAACGUCGACGUGUACCGUCAGAUCGCCAACAACCUGGCUGAGAAAAUCACCUCUCCCAUAUACAGCUUCCUCGGCUAUGGAAAGAACAAAACAGAAAAGGCAACCACAACCAAACCAUGGGACAAAAUAGAGAUUUUAGACGACCCGGAAACCGUCUCGAAAGCAAACCAGAAACCAGUAGACAACGACAUCUCUCUCGAUAAGGAAGUAGAAGAGUUAUCCUCAGAGGCACUUCGCAGGAUGGAUAAGAAACCAGAGAAACUGACACUGUAUUCCAGUUAUUUGCCCAGUGGAAAGAUUGAGAAGCUUGAUGGUAAUGACACCACCAACGAGAUCAGCGAUGAUGACGAGACCUUCGGCUUCGAUGACGUGGACGACAGCGUUGAAGACGUGGACAAAACCAGAGCCAGCCCCAUUGUAUACUUCCUGGAGAUUGUGGGAAGCAUCAUACAAUUGAUAUACGGGGGUAUUGUGGCGUUUUUCUCCUCGUCCAGUAAACCCACCAACUAAAUACUAUUCUAGAUUUAAUUACUGUGUGUUUAAGUAAUGUUUAAUAUUAGAGACCGGGCUAUAUUCAAUUGCAUGCAUAUUUGCAUAUUUGGCCCAUCUAUAUAGAUUAUUUCAUACUAGCUGAUGCCGGCGACUUUGUUCACGUGGAUAUAGGUUUUUAAAAAUCCUUUGGGAACUCAUUGAUUUUCCGGAAUAAAAAGUGGCAUAUUAUGUAUCAAUCUAACUCCAUUUCAAAUUUCAGCCAAACACAUCCAGUAGUUUUUGCGUGGAAGAGUAACAAACAUCACUAUUAUUUCCAUCAUACAUCCAUCCAUACAAUACUUUCGCGUUUAUAAUAAUUUAGUAGGAUUUUACCAAAAAUCUUGUGAUGAUGCAUAUUUGUGCAAUACAUAAAUACUUCAAUUUUUUUACUAUUUAAUGUUGCCAUAUAUUGGCAGUUCAUGCAUAUGCAAGCUUUUUAUGUUGCAUAUAAUCCGGUCUCUAAUUAUCAGUUAUUAUCUUUUUAUUUUUAAUACAUUUAUAAUUAUUAUUUUAUUUAAAAAUUACAAAGUGCAAGCCUUUGUACCAUUUCAUGUCAUUCGCCAAACGGACCUUGCAACGAAAAACGCAGCUUUGCAAGAUCCCUACCUAAAUGGACAGACGACAUCAAACGAGUCGCAGGGAGCCGCUGGAUUCAGGCGGCGCAAGACCGUGGCGUGUGGAAGUCCCAACUAGACACCUAUGUCCAGCAGUGGAGCUUGGACGUCUAUCGGUUAACAAUGAUGAUGAUGAAUUAAAUUAGUGAUGCAGGUGUGUAGAGAAUAGAGAUCGGAUGGCGUUAGUAUCUAAUGCAGUAUCUGUCAUUUUUUUUAGGACAAAAAUAAUCUGUAAAUAGAUACUUUGUGGUAGUUAUCAUAAAAAGGUAAUCUCAACCUUAUUAACCUAGAUAGUUUAUUUAAUAUUGACGUGUGAUAGUUUAAUUAAAAUUAAUUAAUGUUUGUAUUUAGUGCCAUAGAAUUAAUUUUCAUCGAAAAAUGACCAGUCUUUAAUUUAAGUUUGUGGUUUGAAAUGUGUGCAAUAUUUUGAUAUGUUAAUUUUAAAAUAUAUUAUUUAUUUCAAAACUU